AUGAAGAUAGUGAUAUUGGCUGUGGCUCUGGCCCUGGUGUUGGCUAGUGGUGGGUCUGUCACUAAUUAACUACUGAGUAAACACUGUCUUUUAACCCCUCCCGUACUGUGGUGCUGGGUGAGGCUAUGGAACGGUCUCGUAUUGUAACAUCGAUGUGGUCCUAACACAGUGGUGUGUUCUAGGUGUGUUCUAGGUGUGUUCUAGGGUUCCUAUAACCUCGCUAUAAUUCUGUGGUCCUGACACAGUGGUGUUGUCCCCUAGGUGAAGCCCUUGACUGUCUGCGCUGUGUCCCAACUAAGGCGGGACGAGACUGUGAGGUGACAGUAGAAACCUGCCCCCCAGAGAAGGACGGCUGUGCAGCCGCCAAGUUCCUCAGAGCACCGUGUAAGUAAUGUUACUGACCAGGUUCAAAACCCGGGUCUUCAGACUAUGUUAGCCCGCUGAGCUAAACCCUUACACUUGAAAAAUAGUAAUGUUGUGAUGAUGCUACAUUACUUGAGAAAACAGCAUUGGAUGUCAUGUCACACUAAGUUCUGUGCCAGUGUUGACAAAUCGUCUCAGAGUGGUGCAGUUUUAUAUCGUAAUGAAUAAGACUAUAUGGACUCAUCCUACAUCAGCACUCCUGCUCUGAGAUGCUUUGUGGACCCUGCUAAAAAAUAAAAAAGCAUAGAUCAGCAUACGUAUCAUGCUGGUCUAUGCAGUUUUUUUUUCAGAGGGGAUGCAGGCCCUGGUUUGAAUAACCAAGAAUAAAAGGUUUUUAAUACAGAUUAUAGUCAACCGUUAACAGCUAUCACAUAGUAACAUAACAUUGUCCUAUGUUUUCUCUCUCAGUUGGCCAUUUCCAGAGAUGCAUGGACAUGUCGGGCUGUAAGAUGUUCCAAACCAACGCUUACAUCAACAUGAAGUGUUGUGACACUGAGAAGUGCAACACAUUCUAG